CCAUCUUUGCAAGGUAAGAAAGAUCAACUUCUGUUGACAGAACUACUCAGAAGAUGGUCAAAUUACAAAAUUAUGACCAUUUGGCUCUUAAGAUUCUUUCAUUAUCUUGACAGAGAAUGUAUCAUUAAACAGGAGCGUCCUUCUCUUAAAGAAACUAGCUUCUUAUCCUUCUAUGACUUGGUACAUGAUAAGAUUAAUAAACAAGUUGGGGAUGCUAUAUUAGAUAUGAUUGAUCAGGAACAUGCUGGAGUGCAGAUUGACCAAACGUUGGUUAACAAUGCAUUGGUCGUGUACUCGGAGAUUGGAGAUAUCCCAAGAAAAAACAAUGCAAAACACUUUACAAAGAUAAUGAUUCAAAAGCUUGAAGCAUUCCACUAUGAUGAGGCUUCAAAUAGGAUAGAAGAGAAAUUGGAGAAACUGACUCUUUCAUCAAAGAAAAUCAGGUUGGUAAGUUCUAAUGGAGAUGUGUUUGAAGUUGACUAUGGCGUGGCACUCAUGUCAAAAACCAUUGAAGAUGCUAUUAAGACCAAACCUGCUAGUGGCAGUGACAGCAUUCUUGUCUCUACAGUCAGUAGCAAUAUUUUGGUAAAGGUCAUUGAAUACUGCAAGAAGCACAUUGAAGCUUCCAAUCCCCAUUACAAUGUAGACAUUUCAGGUCUUGAUAUCAAAGACUGGGAUGCUGAAUUUGUUAGGGUUGACAAUCACACACUAUUUGAUCUUCAUUUGUGUGCAAACUACUUGAACAUCAAGAGUCUGCUACAACUUACCUCCACUACAAUAGGAAACAUGGUAAGAGGGAAGGAUCUAGUGGAAAUACAAAACAUUUUUAGCAUUAAAUAGUGUCAUGAGAUUUUCAGCUAAAAUUAUAGCUAUGAGUUUAUUUCGCGUUUAGUUUAUCACUUCGACUUUUAUGUGCUGGAGAAUGCAACAUUUUGAUCAAUAUGGAUGGCUAUAAAUGAUUUAGUUUUUAACUCUACAAGGUCUAUUCUACCGAUGUUUUCCACAUGGAUAA